UCCCCCUCCACCCUCACUCCGCACCAUUCAAACACCAACAAUCAGAAUAUAGCUAAAGAAAGAAAGGGGUUGUUGGGUCUCUCUCUCUCUCCCCCUCUCCCUCUUCCCCAUCUGUUCCAGUUUGGAGGCAGAGAAGAACUCUUAAAGAGUUGGAGAUAGGGUCUGAGGAGAGAAUGCAGCUCCAUAUCUCUCCCAGCUUGAAAAGCGUGACGGUUUCGACGGGGAAAGGGUUCAGGGAGCUGAUCAAGGUGAAGGCUGGCCCCAGGAGGGUGUCUUACAGGACUCUCUUCUACUCCCUGCUGUUCCUCACCUUCAUGGUUCGGUUCGUGUUCGUGAUAACGGCCAUGGAUAAGCUCGACGGCGGCGGCAGGUGUUCUUCAUUGGGAUGCGUUGGAAGAAGACUAACGCCUCGGCUGUGGGACAGAAGGGGUUCGAAGGUUCCAGAGGACAUCUAUGAGGUGCUCCAAAGCGAAACUGGAGGGAUGGCAGAGAGCAUUGUGGUUCCACAGACCUUCGAAGACUUCAUAGAAGAGACGAAGACAAACAGAACUGACUCCAGAACCUUUGCGUUAAAGCUGAAAGCAUUCGUAGAAAUUCUUGAACAGAAGGCUAGAACAGCCAAGAUCCAAGAGUACUUGUACCGUCAUGUGGCAUCCAGCAGCAUUCCGAAGCAACUCCACUGCCUCGCGCUUAAGCUUGCUAGUGAGUACUCCUCCAACGCUCAGGCUCGCCUGCAACUCCCUUCCCCGGAGCUCGUCCCAGCCCUUGUCGACAAUUCCUACUACCACUUCAUCCUCGCCUCCGACAACAUCCUUGCAGCAUGGGUGGUGGCGUCUUCGCUUGUCGACAACUCCCUUAUGCCGGAGAAGGUGGUGUUCCAUGUCAUUACCGACCGGAAAACUUAUGCUCCGAUGCAGGCCUGGUUCUCGCUGCACUCGCUUGCCCCGGCCGUUAUAGAGGUGAAGAGCUUGCACCACUUUGACUGGUUCACGAAGGGGAAGGUUCCUGUCUUGGAAGCCAUGGAGAGGGAUCAGAAGAUCAGGUAUCACUAUCGAGGCGGCUCCUCGGCCAUCGUCGCUAAUCGCAGCGAGCGUCCCUAUAUAGUUGCUUCAAGGCUUCAAGCUCUGAGCCCCAAGUACAAUUCUGUCAUGAACCAUAUAAGGAUUUACCUGCCACAGUUGUUUCCAAGCCUUGACAAAGUUGUGUUCUUGGACGACGACGUUGUGGUUCAAAGCGAUCUUUCUCCUCUAUGGGAGAUUGAUAUGAAAGGGAAAGUGAACGGAGCAGUGGAGACAUGCAGGGGAGACGAUCCGUUUGUGAUGUCCAAGAGGCUGAAGAGCUACCUCAAUUUCUCUCAUCCCCUAAUUGCAGAGAACUUCGAUCCUCAGGACUGUGCGUGGGCGUAUGGCAUGAACGUCUUCGACUUGCAGGCGUGGAGGAGGACUAACAUAAGCGAAACCUACCACUACUGGCUUCAAGAGAAUCUAAGGUCGGGGUUGAACUUGUGGCAACUGGGGACGCUGCCGCCGGGGUUGAUCGCCUUCCACGGCCAAGUUCAUGUCAUCGACCCAGUGUGGCACAUGUUGGGUUUGGGUUACCAGGCCAACACCAGCGUCGAGUCUGCUAGCAGGGCUGCAGUCAUUCACUUCAAUGGCCGAGCCAAGCCAUGGCUGGACAUCGCCUUCCCGCAUCUAAGGCCACUAUGGGCCAAGUACGUUGAUCGGGAUGACAAAUUCAUAAGAGGAUGCAGCAUCAUGGUUUCCUAACUAGUGCCUCCUCUGGAUUAUAUUUAAUUUCUGGCCAUCCGCUCCUGUUAUAUUCUUUCUCUUUCUAGAGACAACAAGAGGUGCUUAAGUGCCCCCACCAAAAGCACUGUCCGUAGUUCACAAAGUUUAGGGCACUUUGAUUGCGAAGGGGUACUUCUGUUGUUUGAGGAACGUUAUGGCCAUUAUAGCAAUUCAAUGUAACGAUAUAACAUUGUGUAUUGGUCAAUGUUUAAUUUUUAUUUUUUUUUUU